GGAGGUUGGCCUGCACCCCCCACAGGUGCCCCCACACAUGGACCUCCUCAGGCAGCUCAACACAGUGUCCACCAACAGCUCCAAGGAAUGGUGGGACAUCCGGCACAGCAAGGAUGGGCUGGCGGAGGAGGAGCUGUCCGUGACUGGCUGCAGAGUGGUGUGGUCCCGAGAUCAGGCUGGCCGAGUGGGGUCCCGGCAGGUUGUCAAGUGCACGACCUGAGACUCGGCUGUGAUACAUGCCAUGCUCGCCUCCUCCUACACCUGCCCAGACCAACCGUCCCUGCUGGGAGAACCUGUCCCUCGAGAACCCACGGGUUCAAUCACACGCUCUGCGAAGCUUACGUGGAGGAAAACUGGUCUCCCGGCCAGGUGGUCAUCAACCUUGUGGCCACGGACCUUGACGCCUGGGACCUGGGCAAGCUGAGAUACACCGUCCUGCACCAGACCUCAGAGGCAGCCGUCACCAUGAACAAGGAAGGCAGUCUAUACACUGAGACACCCCUGGAUCGCGAGUCCCUGCCCGUGCACAGCCUCAGGGUGUCCGUGAUGGACGAAGAGAUCCGGGCCAGCUUCACGGUGGUGCGCGACAAGAACAAAAAUCCACCAGUCUUUACGCUGCCGGAGUACCAGGCGAACAUCAUGGCUCCCAGGACGACCAUUCUCAAGGUCAUUGGUGUUAAGCUCACCGGGGAGCUGAGCGGUUGGACAUCACCCAAAGACAUCAUAUUGAAGGUCGCUGGAAUUCUGACAGUUAAAGGCGGCACCGGGGCAAUUGUUGAAUAUUUGGGGCCUGGCGUGGACUCCAUCUCCUGCACCGGCAUGGCCACGAUAUGCAACAUGGGCGCCGAGAUCGGUAAGGUGUGA